AUGGAAGAGCAUAUUGGACAUUGCUGCACCAGACUUCGUUGUUGUCAUUUCUUCAACCUUCCCCAAAACUCCGUCCCUGUUUCUCCGUCAAGACGUGGCUAUCUCCAGAGCUCUUCCUGGUUCAAGUCCCACGGAAUUCCGUCCUAUCGACCCGCAGAGGAUCCAAGGCUUCUUCUGGCCUCACGUACGACGCCGACAGAGGGCAUAGAUACGGGGGCACGAGUCUCUGGGCACGACAAGGUUGGGCAUGGGGCCACCGAGGUCGGUGCUGAUGCAUGGAUUGACGAUGAAUGUCCAACGGUGCAAGAUGCAACAGUCCGUCGAAGAAAUCACUCGCCAGGGAUAAUGGAAAUGCAAAAGAGGACUUCAUGGUUUAUGGGUGAUGGAAAUUUCAACGUUGAGAUGUGUUAUUCGCCUUGGAAACAGAAAUUGGGGU